CCGAUGCUUCGCCCCCGUUCUGGAAAACGCUGGGUCGGUCGGUCAUUGCGAGAUUGAGAGAGAGAGAGAGAGAGAGAGAGAGAGAGAGAGAGCGGCCUUCCUUCUUUCAUCGAUCCCUCGAGACGGGUGCUGCGAGAGCGACGGCGAUGGAGAACGGCGGUCCGGUUACCGACAUCCGAUCGGCGGCGGAGGCGGUCUCGGCGGAGAACGAGGCGUCGGUGGCGCCUCUCCACCAGGUCGAAUCCCUGUGCAUGCGUUGCGGCGAGAAUGGCAUAACCAGGCUCCUUCUAACGCGAAUUCCUCACUUCAGGGAGAUUGUGUUGAUGGCGUUUGAAUGCCCGCAUUGCAACGAAAGGAACAAUGAAGUCCAGUUUGCUGGUCAGCUGCAGCCCCGAGGAUGUUGCUACCAGUUGGAGGUUCCAUUGGGGAGUAGUGAGGUACUUAAUCGACAGGUGGUGAAAUCUGAUUCUGCAACUAUUAAGAUUCCAGAAUUGGAUUUUGAGAUUCCUCCAGAAGCUCAACGUGGAACACUUUCUACGGUGGAAGGGAUACUUCUGCGAGCCGUGGAUGAAUUACAAGCCCUUCAGGAGGAACGCAAGAAGCUGGAUCCUGCAACAGCUGAAGCUAUAGAUCAGUUCUUGAUAAAACUGAAAUCCCUUGCAUCUGGAAAUGCAGCUUUUACUUUCCUACUUGAUGAUCCUGCUGGAAACAGUUUUAUUGAGAACCCAUAUGCGCCAUCUUCAGAUCCAUUGUUGUUUACUAGGUUCUAUGAAAGGACACGUGAGCAACAGGCUGCGUUGGGUUUUCUUGCUGAACCAUCUGCAGCUGAAGAGGCUGAAAGACAGGUUAAUGGAGAUGCAUCAACCGAGGAAAAUAAUCCUGCACUGGAUGGAAUGGAAAGGGUACCCCAUGGAUCAGUUGGAGCUGUUGCCGGUCGUCAUGCUAUUGCUCAGGGUAACACUGAGGAAGUUGCUGCAGCCUUAUGUAGGUAUUCAGCACCAGAAGAGGUUGACACUUUGCCGUCUACAUGUGGAGCUUGUGGAACUGCAUGCGUCACUCGCUUUUAUGCUACCAAAAUUCCGUAUUUUCGAGAUGUGAUUGUUAUGGCGACUACGUGUGAUCUGUGUGGCUAUCGUAGCUCAGAGUUGAAACCUGGUGGUGAAAUUCCUAAAAAAGGAAAGAAGAUCACAGUAUAUGUGCGGAAUGCACAAGAUCUUAGCCGCGACGUGAUAAAGUCAGAUACUGCAAGUGUAAAGGUUCCUGAACUCGAUUUGGAGCUUGGAACUGGCACAUUAGGUGGAAUUGUUACAACUGUUGAAGGUUUGAUUACUAAAAUUAGCGAAAGUCUUGAGAGAGUACAUGGGUUUACAUUGGGUGAUAGCACGGAGGAGUGGAAAAGGAAAAAGUUUCAGGAUUUUAAGUCAAGGCUAAUUAAGCUUCUAAGUUUGGAAGAACCUUGGACUUUGAUUAUUGAUGAUGCAUUGGCGAGUUCCUUUGUUUCUCCUACCACAGACUCCAUAGCAGACGACAAGCAACUCAUCUUUGAAGAGUACGAGAGGAGCUGGGAGCAGAAUGAGGAGUUGGGUUUGAAUGACAUGGAUACGUCUUCAGCUGAUGAUGCUUACAGAACAAACAACAGACAGUGAGAAUUUUUUGUGAUUAAAUUAUCUGUUGUAUUCUGUGUUUUGCAACUGAAAUUAGUCCCUCUAUAGGGAUGAUUACUUGGUUGUUUAAUCCAAACUUGAUUCAUGUACAUGGUUAUUGUUAUCAGUGCUUCUUGUGAAAGUAUUGAUACGCAAUGCUAAUGUUGCAAUCUUGUUAAAA